GACAAAAUCGGUGGGAAAAGAAAUGUUCUUUUCAAGCUUCUAAGAGCAGUGACAAUGGAGAGAAAAAAUACUAUAAAAAGGUUUGAAAGUAUUCUAGAAGGGCUGUUUGGACCUGGAUUAUUAAAAGAUCUCAGUUUGUUUAAAGACUGUGAGCCCGAAGGUGUUUCUGAUUGGUCUUUUGAUGAAAAUUGUCUUUUCUGCUGCUUGAGAAGAGAAAAAGUGAAGGAACACCUACUCAGUCUGGAUGAGCCAGCUUCAGAAGCUGGGCAAGAAGCUCUACUUAGACAAGAGCAAGCAAAAAUCAUUCGGUUUGAGAGGCAAGCAGAAGAGUUCCUCAAUGCAGUCUUUUACAGAAAAGACAGUCCUGGGGUCUCUGACCCCAAUAUUCCCCUAGUGGCCCGGGAGAUCAUGCAGCGAAUGAUCCGACAGUUUGCUGCUGAAUAUACCUCAAAAAACAGCUCUACUCAGGACUCCAGCCAGCCCAAUAGCACAAAGAACCAAAGCCUGCUGAAAGCAUCUCUGGUCGCCUCCUCUCCCACGGCUGCAACUGCUCAGAACCCUGUGCUCAGCAAACUGCUCAUGGCUGACCAAGACUCGCCUCUGGACCUUACUGUCAGAAAGUCUCAGUCAGAACCGAGUGAACAAGACGGAGUGCUUGAUCUGUCCACUAAGAAAAGUCCUUGUGCCGGCAGCACCUCUCUGAGCCAUUCUCCAGCCAGCUCCAGUACUGCAGGGAAUGGGCGACCUGGGAGACCCAGCCAGCACCAUCCAGAGGGACUUCGGAGUGGUGAUGGGGUACCUCCAAGAAGCUUGCAAGAUGGAACCAGGGAAGUUUAUGGCCACUCCACAUCUCUUAAAGUUCCACUGGCUCGAUCACUACAGAUUAGCGAAGAACUGCUGAGCAGAAACCAGUUUUCUACAGCUGCCAGCCAUGGGCCAUCUGGACUGCAGAAUCAUGGACAGCACUUAAUAUUAUCCAGGGAGGCUUCUUGGGCAAAACCACACUAUGAAUUCAAUUUCAGCCGCAUGAAAUUCAGGGGAAAUGGUGCACUCAGCAACAUCAGUGACCUUCCUUUUCUUACAGAAAACUCUGCCUUUCAAAAAAUGGCACUUCAUACUAAACAGGAUGGGAAAAAGGAUGUGAGCCAUUCAUCUCCUGUGGAUUUAAAGAUACCACAAGUUCGAGGCAUGGACCUUUCAUGGGAGUCCCGCACUGGUGACCAGUACAGCUAUAGCUCUUUGGUAAUGGGUUCACAAACGGAGAGCGCGCUUAGUAAAAAGUUAAGGGCUAUCCUUCCAAAACAAAACAGGAGAAGUUUGCUGGAUGCUGGACCAGAUUCCUGGGGCUCAGAUGCUGAGCAGUCUACCUCUGGACAGCCAUAUCCCACCUCUGAUCAAGAGGGAGAUCCUGGCUCCAAGCAACCUAGGAAGAAAAGAGGGAGAUACAGACAGUACAACAGCGAGAUACUGGAGGAAGCAAUCUCUGUGGUUAUGAGUGGGAAAAUGAGUGUUUCCAAAGCUCAGAGUAUUUAUGGGAUUCCCCACAGUACACUGGAGUACAAAGUUAAAGAGAGGCUGGGCACUUUGAAAAACCCUCCAAAGAAAAAAAUGAAAUUAAUGAGGUCGGAGGGGCAGGAUGUUUCAAUAAAGAUGGAAUUAGAUCCCCAGGGAGAGGCAGCACAAAGUGCGAAUGAAUCAAAAGAUGAAUAG